AUGAGUGACCACCAGAACCCCUCAAAUGAGGCCACAGGUGCCAGCGAAGGCCUCGUCACCAAACCGCAAACCCUCAUCGAUACACCACCUGUCGCAGGAACCCCAGACAACGCUAGCGAUUUCUACAACACCCCUCUCACCGGAGGGACACCCGUACCCACCACAAGCGCUCAGGCAGCGGAAGCGUCUCGUGCAACAGAUGAUGCCGCGCGCCCACUUCAACCUUCGAUUCCUGGGCUGAACCUCGUCGACCAUCCCACAGAACAAGACACCAGCAUGGAAACCGAGGCCACCAUUAAACAGGGUGGAGAGGGUCCAGCCGCCAACCAAGAGGGAAACCAAAACCCUCCCCAGCCCCAAGCCUCCGAUAUGGAAAUCAAGGAGGAGACAGAGACGACAGAAGUCAAGCCCGAGCCAAAGGCUCUGGUCGACGACGUGAUGGAAAUUGUCGAUACACACGACGCCAACAUGAUCGAUGCUGGUGUGAAGAACGAGAAUGAAGACGAGCACCCAGAGUGGGAAGUCGACUCUUCUCCGUAUGAAUCCUCUUCGGACAGCUCCGAUUCCUCGGAUUCGGACUCGGAUGACAGUGACGAUGAAGAUUACCCUAUCCUGAGCGCAGAGGAGCAAGCCAAAAUUCUCAUGCAUGCGGAGGGUGGCUCGGAUGAUGAGGGGGAUGGCAAGGGAAAAUCAGGCGCACAACUUCGCACAACCAAUGAGAUUGAACAAGAAGUCUUGCCGCUUCCUGAUGUCAAAGUCACACCCGAGAUGAAGAUCGUGUUCUUGGGCAAAAUCCAUGCCGCUAUCGACAACAACGUCCUCAUUGAGGCCAACACAUCUGGAGAAUACCAGGUCCUUGAAUCAGGCUCUUUGCUUUGCUUUGCAGAUCGAACCGUCGUUGGUGUGGUUGCUGAGACAUUGGGCCGAGUGGAAAAUCCUCUGUACACCAUGACCUACAAAACUGCCGCUGAAGUAGAGGAGAAGGGUCUCGUCAAGGGCAUCGAUAUUUUCUAUGUUGAGGCACACUCUACGUUCGUCUUCACACAGCCACUCAAGGGCAUGAAGGGAAGCGAUGCAUCCAAUUUCCACGACGAGGAAGUCGCGGCAGAGGAAAUGGAAUUCUCCGACGACGAGGAAGAAGCUGAAUACAAGCGGAAAAAGGCUGCCCCAGGCCCGUCUAAGUUGAACCAGAGUGAGCUCAACUACGAUGAUGCUGGAGCUGAAGGUUACACUCCUCUCGAACGCCCUACAAAUCUCCACGAGAUGAUGGGCGCCCGCGAGGCGCCGGUCGAAGGCAACGAACGUGGUGGCCACCGCGGUAGAGGCCGCGGCCGUGGUGAUCGUGGUCGUGGUGGACGAGGCCGUGGUGGAGCUGGCCGAGGUGGAAGAGACUGGGAUCAUGAGCGUCGUCCUCACCAGAGCCAUGAGCCCCAAUCCCAACCCCAGCACCAGCCUCUUCAACAGCAGCCUGCUCCUUAUGGACAGCCAGCGUACGGCAUGCCUCAGCCUUUCGCUGCCUAUGCUCAAUACGCCCAACAACAAGCCCAGAACCCCCAGUUUGCUCAGCAGCAACCACAGUUUGGCCAGGGUGGACCGCAACCACAGUACCCCUUCCAAUUCCCCUUCCAGCAGCCUCAGAUGCAGCCUGGUGUUUUCCAAGGUGCUCCUCAGGGCGCGCCUCACAUCAACCCACUCUUCCUUGCUGCUCUGCAACAGCAGCAGCAAUACCAGCAGCAGCCUCAACAGUACCAACAAUAUCAGCCUCAGUACCAGCAAACUCAGCAGCAGCAGCAGCAGCAGCAGCAGCAGCAGCAGCAGCAGCAGCAGCAGCAAGCUCCUCAGGGCCAGGCCCCACCCAUGGGCUUUGACCAGGUUAAAGCACAGUUGGAUUUGCUGCGAAGCCUGAGCCAAGGAAACCAAGGCCCCCCUCCCUCAUGA